CAUUGCGAACACUACAGCUACAGAUAUUUGGAGAUAAACUCCGGAACCAAGAAAAAAAUGAACGAUUCCAAGGGUCUCGCUAUAGCUUUUGAGGAGGCAAAGCUCUCCUAUCAGGAGGGAGGAAUUCCUAUCGGGGCCGCCCUGAUCGCCAGUGACGGAACGGUGCUCGGUCGAGGACAUAACAUGCGAAUCCAGAAUGGAAAUCCUAUACUUCAUGGCGAGACAUCCACCCUUCAGAACGCAGGCCGUCUGCCGGCGACUUCUUAUAAAGGGAGUACUAUGUACACCACUCUGUCUCCUUGUGAUAUGUGUACCGGAGCGUGUCUCCUCUACGGUAUCUCGCGUGUUGUCAUCGGGGAGAACAAAACGUUCCUCGGCGGCGAGGCGUAUCUUAAGCAGCGGGGAGUCGAGGUGCUCAUCGCGGACGAUACUGAGUGUCGCGAAUUGAUGGAGAAAUUCAUCGCGGAGAAGCCGGAGGUUUGGAAUGAGGAUAUUGGGGUCGAAAAGAGGGUAUACUCGAAAGAGGGAGCUCAGACUCUCUUGUAAAUGCUCAGUGACAAUGAAAUGCCAAGGCUACUACUUGAGGAACCCUGGUUUUCUCGCCAUCAAAGACAAACGAUAUAUUGACAAUUCUCGAACCUUGGGCUCCGAUGUAAUGUUCGAAUAGCCUAAGUGGUGGUUUCAUGCUGUCACAAGUAAAGAAACGAAAUUGAACGCUCCCUUUUCCAGAAACUCUCACACUAUGGGCGAUGUGCUUAAGUGAUAAGCAGCGUUAGACUCGAAGGGGGUCUUCAAAUUCGCAAGUCGGUUGCAUUACACUCUUUUAAAGGCAGUCUUGCUCCUGCCUCUAUAUUAACUGUUC